AUGUCAGUUGUCCAAGCCAGAGGUAAAGGAGGAGGCCCGAGUCCCCUGUCGCUGCUCUCCUCGGGAGAUCGAGAAGCCUCAGCAGCGGCGCAGCUGUGCGCCAGCUGCGGUGUGGCUAUCCACGACCGAUAUCUGCUCAAGGUGAAUGAACACCACUGGCAUUUGGGCUGCCUAGAGUGCUCCGUGUGCAGGACUUCACUGCGCCAGCAAAGCAGUUGCUACGUCAAGAACAAACAAGUCUACUGCAAACUAGACUACUUCAGCAGGUUUGGCACUCAGUGCACCCAGUGCGGCCGUCAGGUGUACGCCAGCGACUGGGUGCGGCGGGCGCGGGGCAGCAUUUACCACCUGGCCUGCUUUGCCUGCUUUUCCUGCAAACGCCAGCUGUCCACGGGCGAGGAGUUUGGUCUGGUAGAGGGUAGGGUGCUAUGCCGCGCCCACUACGACGUCGUGCUGGACAACCUGCGCAGGGCUGCCCAAAACGGAAAUGGACUGACCCUGGAGGGGGCGCUGCCUUCCGACCUGGGCUGCCAACCCAAGCCAGCCAAGAGGGCACGGACGUCGUUCACGGCGGAGCAGCUGCAGGUGAUGCAGCGCCAGUUUGCCCAGGACAACAAUCCUGAUGCUCUUACGCUUCAGAAACUGGCGGAAAUGACGGGACUGAGUCGGCGGGUCAUACAGGUUUGGUUCCAGAACUGUCGUGCUCGCCACAAAAAGCAGCAUCCUCUUCUUCCACCACCUACCAGUGGAUUCCCCCAUCAGAGCUCCUCACUGGCCAUGAAGCCCUCCUCCUCUUCCCCUCCCUCCACGAACACCACAGCCACCUCUCCUCCUGCAUCAGCCCAGACAGACGUCUACUUGGCCCGGCAUGGAUACCUAGACAGUCAUCCCUUCUCGGCAGUUGCAGCUCCACCAGGACACUUGAGCCAUCCUGGCCUCACACUACCACAAAUUCCCAUCAGCCGCUGACAUCCUGCAUCCCCACUCCACUACAACAUACUGUACAUGUAUACACUACCAGUCAAAAGUUUGCGCACAGU